UUCAUCAAAUAAUUUUUAUAAACUUCAGUGAUGAGAAAAUAAUAAUAUCUAUUAAACAAAUUCACGAUUGCUUUAAUUAUUAAUAAAAGAAUUAUACUUAUUUACCAGUUUUAACUUUUAAAUAUUUACACUCUUUAAGGCUUAUGAGUAUAGCCUGUAAGUAUAGGGUACUCGGAGUUGUUUUUGUUCGCCCUCACUUUUGAAGCACGAAGGCCGGGAUUCUGAUUUGUUGUUAAGCUUUUACGGGGCACUCGUACUGUUUUUCGUUUCCGUAUCCGCAAAAAUUGAGAUUUGCAUUGAGAAUUACCAGUAAUCCGAGCUCACAUUCCGCGUUCGCAAGAAUAUCUGACAUGGAAGUCAAGGUAAAGGGUGUGAAGCGUAAAAGUUUUGACACCGAAGGCGAAUGGAACUGUCCGCACUGCACAUUCCUCAAUACGGCCAAAGCAUUCCGCUGUGGUGCCUGCGAGAUACAGCGAGGAACAUCCACAAGACGCGCCGGACUGAACCCUCAGAUAAUGCAGCAACAAGAAAUGGAGCAGCUGCUAGCCAAAGACCGUCUGAAGCAGCAACGAGCCAAGGCGCGCACACAACGCAGCAUCUCUCCUUCUCCCUUUCCCUCACCGACGGCGUCCACCUCGCGCGGUCUUUCGGAAACCCCGAGCAAUGCCUCCAGCUACACACCGCCGGAGGGCAUACUCUUCCCCGCCAAGAGCGUCCGACCUGUCACCCUGCGGCCCUCCGGCAGCGGGAAGCGAGCGAAAAAGUCCCUGGGUCUGGGCAGCAGUACGCUCAGUGAUGAUUCACCCGCGGGCGGACGCGGACGGGGCACCAUUUUCCCCAUUGCUCACAACGGGGUGGAGCUGGAGUUUGAGGAAUUUAUUGCGUCGGAUGCUAGUGUCAGUGAGGAAGAGGAUGAUUCCGAUGAUGAUUCCGAUACGUAGCGGACGAAGAGAAAGUGGCAAGCGAUGUUUGUUGAUUCUUGAUUUUUUCUGGAGUUUAUUUAGUGUUGGCGGUCGUAACCGUAAGGCUACGGCUGAUUUUGUACAUUGCAUUGUUAUUGCUGAUCUUGUUGUUUCCUUACUGCCAAAGAAGGUUUUCUGUGUGUCUGGCCUGUACUGCGGUCAAACGUACGUUUUGUCGGAUGAUUCGUCCUGGGCGAAAGUUUUGUAUUUAUUUUUUUUAUUUCGGCGGUUUGGUGUACACAUUAUGAAGGCUCGGGAUUUCUUGCUUUUUGGUAUUGUAGAAUACUUAUUCAGUUAAUUCUUACCGAUAAGUUUACAACUGAUUUUACGUCUGGGUUAGGUUAGCUUACGUUAGACGAAUAUCUGUGAUGGAAAUUAAAGAAUCGUAG